CAUCAGCUUUUUAAGAGUAAUCAUUAUUAGAAUCAUAAUCUUGUUGGACUUCGUUUCCUUACGAUUGAAAAAGGAAAACCAUCGUUUAUUGUAGUCAUUCGAAUACUACCCAUCACUAGACCUCUCAAUCAGGAAAGACGUUUCACCCUUCUAAUUUUUCUCCUAAUGAAAAUUCGAUAGUGGGUUUGCUACGACCUGUUUCUAGUUUACAUGACACACAUAAAUAAAGCUGAUAAAAAGAAAAAUGUCUAUUACUUCCUAAUGAGAAUCAACUAUCUUCUCUCCGAAGAAAAGCUUAUCUAGUAUCUUCGAGAAAAAUAAUUGACACUUUCUCCUAAAACUAGCUGUCCCUCUCUUCGUCAAGAAGAAUUAGUUAUUUUUUUCCCAAAAUUAGUUUUCCUCCUUAUUUGCAACGUAUAUAGCUAUUUUCUCCUAAAAUAUGUAUCCCUCUUAAAUAAAAUCAUACUGAAGGCUUACUCGUUGCUUACUCUGAUAUAAUAACCAUGUAUAACAAUAAUCAUUUUUAUGGUUAGUUCAUCUAGACGACAAAAGGUCAGUCGCAUAAAGGCAAAAAAAAUACUCAUGACUUUUUUUCUCAUGUUUUUCCUUUCGACUAUUGUGUGAGACGAUGCUGUUCACAAAAUUCACUCUGCUUCAGAUAUUAUGUGGCGAGUGUCUCAUUCUAUUUUGAAGGACAGAUGAACUGACCUUCACAACGAAAAAAGGAAAAAUAGUUGCCACUGUUGUAUCGGUCAAAAGCUGAGAAGUACUUAAAUAUACGUGGUUGAGGAGUAUCACCAUCAAAUGCUAUCAUCAUUUUGGCUAUAAGCAAUGACUUGUUUAAUUAUAUAUUCAGAAGCUUCAUAAAUAGCACCUCUAUACAUGCAAGAAAGAGACAAAAAAGAAACAAUAACAACUUCCGCAAUAUUUGCCCUGAUAACUGUCUCUUUGGUUAUUUCCACUACUAUUUUUUUUCUUACAAGGCUAUUGCCAAGUAUAAUGUUAUAGUCAUGAGUAUAUCAUCCAUUACCGUUCUCUCUCUCUCUCUAUUUCUGUUCUGUAUUAUAAUGUCUUCUCUGUUCUAGUUCUGUAUUGUAUACUAUUUAGGCUUCGCAUUUGUUAUAUAUGCGUUUCUUCAAUGUUAUUUUCUUUCAUGUCCGUUCUCUAUCCCUAAUGUCCGUUUGACACGAGUUGGUAUUUUCUCGAGAUAUUGAGUAGGAAAAGGUCUAACUAUGAGAGAAAAAAGUACCAUAGUAUAUUUUAGUCAACAAAUAGCAAUUCUUUGAUCUUUAAACAACAACAUAAUUGAAGAAUAAUAUCAGAUAGGACGCGAAAUUAAAUGGGCUCGGAAAAAAGAGAUAUUGGAGCUCGAUGUGUUUAAUUGGCUUUCAAAUGAGAGAAAUGAGCUCGGUUGUAAUAAAAUUAUAUUUUUUUAUGUAAAUGAAAGUUUUGAGCUCGGAAAUUAAUUUAUAAAAAUUAAUUAAUGAUUUUGUCAGUGGCAAAGUAUAUUUAAUAAGAAAUAAAUAGUUCAAGAACAAAAAAAAAGUGCUAGGUUACAAUAGAUUUUUACUAGUAUUCAAUAAUUUGUAUAAAUUGAUGAGUUCUUUUUUCAAAUCGAAUUUAAUGAUGAUUUAGCAGCUAGGGCAUAUAAAUGGUUACAAAAACUCGAUCGAACAAAAGUGUUACAUUUAGGCGCAGCUAGUUACGUUGUACCUUCUUCUGAACCAAAAAUGGAUACAUUAUUAUGGGUACAACUUUAUCGUAGUAUAUCUUGGAAUUCUUACGAUGAAUUUAUCGACUGGUUAAAUUCUGCGCGUUUACUUGAUUUUUCUCAUUUAACUCCACCAUUAUUUUGUUCAUGUAAAUAUGGUCUCAAAGAAUAUUCUUGCAUUCAUUCUUUGGGUUUAUUAAUCAUGUGGGGCCAUCUUAAAAUUCCACAAUAA